AUGGACACAGGUAGCCAUAGCCUUGUCCUCCUGCAGCAGCUGAACAUGCAGCGAGAAUUUGGUUUUCUGUGUGAUUGCACAGUUGCUAUUGGAGACGUUUACUUCAAAGCCCACAGAGCAGUGCUUGCUGCUUUUUCUAACUAUUUCAAGAUGAUAUUUAUUCACCAAACAAGUGAAUGCAUAAAAAUACAACCAACUGAUAUCCAACCUGACAUAUUCAGCUAUUUGCUGCACAUUAUGUAUACGGGGAAAGGGCCAAAACAGAUUGUGGAUCAUAGUCGUCUGGAGGAAGGGAUUCGAUUUCUUCACGCCGACUACCUUUCUCACAUUGCGACUGAAAUGAAUCAGGUGUUCUCACCAGAGACUGUGCAGUCCUCCAAUCUGUAUGGCAUUCAGAUCUCAACAACCCAAAAAACAGCUGUCAAACCGGGGCUGGAGGUCAAAGAAGCUCCUUCCAGUAACAGUGGCAACAGGGCUGCUGCGCAGGGCGACCACCCCCAGCUGCAGCUCUCUCUCGCUAUUGGGCUGGAUGAUGGCACUGCCGAUCAGCAGAGGGCCCGUCCUGCUGCCCAGGCCUUGGAGGAACACCAGAAGCCCCCAGUGUCCAUCAAGCAGGAGAGAUGUGACCCAGAAUCUGUGAUCUCCCAGAGCCAUCCCUCACCCUCAGCGGAGGUGACAGGCCCCACUUUCACCGAAAGCGGUAUCAAAAUACACUUAUGCCAUUACUGUGGGGAACGUUUUGAUUCCCGUAGUAACCUAAGACAGCAUCUCCAUACCCACGUGUCCGGAUCCCUCCCGUUUGGUGUCCCUGCUUCCAUUCUGGAAAGCAACGACCUUGGUGAAGUGCAUCCACUUAAUGAAAACAGUGAGGCUCUUGAAUGCCGCAGGGUCAGCUCCUUCAUUGUCAAGGAGAAUGAGCAGCAGCCUGACCACUCAAACCAGGGUACCACUGAGCCUCUGCAGAUCAGCCAAGUGUCUCUGAUCUCCAAAGACUCAGAGCCAGUAGAAUUAAACUGUAAUUUUUCUUUUUCAAGGAAAAGAAAAAUCAGCUGUUCCAUCUGUGGUCAUAAAUUUCUCCGAAAAAGCCAACUGCUGGAACACAUGUAUAUACACAAAGGUAAAUCUUCCAGAUACAACCGAUGCCAAAGGUUCAGUAAUGCGGUAGCCCAGAGAUUUCAGCCGUACUGUGACAGCUGGUCUGAUGUCCCCCUGAGAAGUUCUUGCUUGUCGCAAGAACAGUUAGAUUCAUCCUGUGCCUUAGAGUCAGAGCUCACACAAGAAAGUGUGGACACUAUCCUUGUGGAGUAG